CUUUAGCAAAAAAUUUUCUAAAACCAAUGCACCUAUAUUUUGAGGGGACAACCGAGUCAUCAAGUGGAGUUAGAGUUCUAGCUAUGGAUUUAGUAGAAUAUAUAUUAAGAAAUUCACUGCAUAGCUUUUAUAAAAUCCAGAACCCAAAAUCUAAACCGCCUCUGUAUCUUGUUCCUUAAGUGGAAAGUCUUGUUCUUGAUCAUCUAGUAAAUAAGCAGUAGUGUUAAUUGAAGAAGAAGAUGGUGGCGGUGGCUCCUGAUUCUAAUUGUAGCAGAGAUGAGAAGAUGAAGAAAAUCUUCGACAAAUUCGACGUGAACAAAGAUGGCCAUCUCGACAUGACGGAGGUGGUGGAAUGGGUCAAGGCUUUAGAACCCGAAUUGAAUAACAAUGUGCAGAGCAUUCAGUUCAAACUUUCAAGCUACCUCACCCCCAAUUACUACGCUGUCCGAGCUGGUAAUGUUAGCCUAAACUAUAUUGGCUUCACCCGCAUUUAUGCUCAAGGUUUUCGUAAUGUUGAUCAUGACUUCAACUCUCUCGGCCUCCAAUUUCAACCCAAUUCUGCAAUUCAGCAGUUUUCAAGGAGUGUCAGUCUCUCACCCACAAAACAAAUAGAGAAGAAGAAUACGACACAAAUAUCUAACCAAGUUCAGGCAACGCCACAAAUGUCUAACCAGGUUCAGGCGAUGCCACAAAUAUCGAACCAAGUUCAGGCAACGACACAAGUGUCUAAUCAAGUUCAGGCAACGGCACAAGUGUCUAACCAAGUUCAGGCGACGCCGCAAGUGUCUAAUCAAGUUCAGGCAACGGCACAAAUAUCUAAGCAAGUUCAGGCAAUGACACAAAUGUCUAACCAAGUUCUGGCAGAGACCCGAUUAUCUCUACUUCAGGCUGCCCAAGUUCUGUUAAUGAAACCAUUAUCUAACCAAAUUCAGGCAACGCCACAAAUAUCGAACCCAGUUCAGUCAACAACAAAAGUGUCUAAUCUAGUUCAGGCAACGGCACAAGUGUCUAAUCGAGUUCAGGCGACGCCACCAGUGUCUAACCAAGUUCAGGCAACGGCACAAAUAUCUAACCAAGUUCGGUUAGUGUCACAAUUAUCUAACCAAGUUCAGGGGGGAAACUACAGUUUUGCUGGGCAGGUGAAUAAUUACAGAAACACACUGCAACAAGCGGUACCAACACUGAAUAAUUGCAGAAACACAGUGCAACAAGGGGUACAAACACCUCAGCUGCCUGGGCAGAAUGCUGUAGCUGGCGUUAAGCCAAAAGGAGAGUAUAACGGGCCUGAUCCCCAACUGGCUGCUAGUCUUGAAAAAGAAAUAUUGGAAUCUAAUCCAGGGGUGAGAUGGGAUGAUGUUGCGGGACUAAAUGAAGCAAAGAGGCUUCUACAGGAAGCAGUGGUACUCCCACUGUGGAUGCCUGAAUACUUCCAGGGAAUCAGGAGACCUUGGAGAGGAGUUCUUAUGUUUGGUCCUCCUGGCACAGGGAAAACACUCUUGGCCAAAGCUGUUGCUACAGAGUGUGGGACAACAUUUCUGAAUGUUUCUUGCUCUUCGUUGUUGGCAAAAUGGUACGGGGAGAGUGAACGACGGGUACGGUGCUUGUUUGAUCUUGCUCGUGCUCGUGCUCCAAGUACGAUUUUUAUUGAUGAGAUUGAUUCUCUUUGCAGUGCCAGAGGGGCUCCUGGAGAGAAUGAAGUAUCCCGAAGGGUGAAGUCUGAACUUCUAGUUCAGAUCGAUGGGUUGAACAACUCUAAUAAUACAACAGGCAAACCGGUCACAGUUUUGGCAGCAACAAAUUUCCCCUGGGGUCUUGAUGAGGCACUAAGGAGGCGGCUAGAAAAGCGGAUUUACAUCCAGCUUCCUGAUUUUAAGAGCCGUAAGGAGCUUAUAAAGAUAAACUUGAAAUUAAUCACGUUAGCUCCUGACCUGGAUAUUGACCAAGUGGCACGAAGAACAGAAGGUUACAGUGGAGAUGAUCUAACAAAUAUCUGUAGAGAUGCUUCUUUAAAUGGGAUGAGACGUAAGAUCGCAGGGAAAAACCCAGAUGAGAUUAAGAACAUGUCCGAGGCCGAGAUUUUGGAAAUUCCAGUUAUGAUGGAUGACUUACUAGAAGCUCUAGUUAAAAUACAACCCACAGUUUCUAGAGGGGACAUUGAACGACAUGAGAAAUGGUUUUCAGAAUUUGGAUCAACGUAGAAAAUCAAGUAAAUGGCAAGUUAGGAGUGCUUAGAAAAUCAAGUAAAUGCAAGUUAGAAGUGCUUUUUUUUUUGUGUCCAGAAAGAUACAAUUAUUAGUGAGUCAUUGGUCAUAUGUCGCAGUUGUUAUUCCUUCAGUUUUGUGCUCUACCUAUUUUGACAUUGUCGAUUGUCUGUAUGUAUAUGAAACUGCGAAAAGGCUCACCAUCGGCAUGGUUUAUAACACCGCGAUAUUUUACAAUCUA